AUCACAUUGAUGCACGUAGAUGUGUGUUGGCGGUCGUAGUUUUGACUGCUCUGAGUUUUCUCGCUUUUGACAGCUGUACCCUAGGGCUCGUAAAUUCGUAAAUCGCAGAAGAUAAAUGAAACAGAUUGCAUACACGUUGUCAAUUUGUCACACUGCGACGCCAUUGAGCUCGAGGCCCCGAGGCUGACCAAACCUUAACAGCGCCACUUCGCCGUUCGGCCGCGUUAACAAGGGCGUCGCGCAACGAGGCCCUGGAAAAUUAAAUGACAAGCUCAGCUGCAAGGCGUGGCGUGCGACUCAGUUUUGUAGUCUGACGGCCAGCCGGGCACGGUCGGGCCAGCCCUGCCCCGGCUUGGGAAUGCCGCAGCGCGCAUGGCCUGGACGGUGGAAAGCCUCAAUCGCCACGGCAUCUGCCUGCAUCAUAGCUGUGCUUGCAGCCACACCGUUAGCCGCAGCCAAGCACGGUGGAGGCGGAGCAGGUGGGGAUGCGGAGGGCCGCAGCGGCGGCGUGUUCUCCUCGUGCCGGGAGCCCACGCUGAAGCGCGAAGCACUACACCCGACCUGCCAAAUCCUGCAGGACACGUGCAUCAUCCAGGACACGCUUGUGACCCACAACCCGCUCUACUCCUUCAACAACCUCUCUCGCGCCGACCUUCCGGAGCUGCCCACCAUCAAGUCCUGGUCGCUGCCCCUGCCCGGCGCCAGCCGCGGCCGCGGCGACGGCGACGGCGACGGCCCUGACUAUGCAGCUGCGCUGAUUUCGGGAGCCGGCAUCGCCGACUGCGCGCACGCCACUGAGCCGCCUUAUGCUUUGUGGCUGAGGCCUGCAGCGAAUAGCGAACUGGAGCCCGCGCUGCUCCACCCGCCCGGCUGGAACCGCAGUGCCCCAGGCGGUGAAAGUGGCGGUGGUGGGGAAGAGUUCUCGGGUGCGAGCGGGGACCGGGACAGGGAGGCGGGGCGGAGUCUGCGAAGGCGUGCGCUGCAAGAGGCCGCGGCGCGGCGGAGCGCGAGGUCGGGCGGCGGCGGCAAGGGCAAGGGCGGGAAGCGAGGAGGCGGGGCGGCGGGGCCGCCGCCGCAGCACUACUUCAGUCGCUGCACGCUGCCAGUGCUGCUGAUGACGGACUGGCCGUACGCCCUGGUGUCAUGGUGGGCGGCGGGCGUGGCGGCCAUGGUGGACGGCAUGGUGGAGCGGGGGGCGCUGGACGAUUCCGCGACCCUCGUGGCCAUGAUGCCGGGCGGACUGGGUCUGACGGCGUCGCAGCGGCUGCUGCUGCAGCGCUACAGCCGCCGCCCGGUCAUCACCAUGGCCGAGCUGGGCCGGCUGGGGCCGCCUGAGCCGGUGGAGUGGUCGGGCGAGGGCACCCGGGUACACUGCUUCUCCAAGGUGGUGGUCUGCAAGUCGUGGCCCGGCGACCCCGCCACACCCACCACACACGCGGGGGAACGCAUGGGCGCCGUGCUCGCCGCUGCUGCGGCCAAAGCCGGCGACCCCGACCCCGCGGGCUUUGGCACGCAGCGCCGUCCCCAGCAGGCCGCGGCUGUUGCCAGCAGCGACGGCGAUGUGGAGGAGGUUAGAGCGGCGGCGGCGCUCGCGGCCCGGCUUGAAGCUGAGGCUGUGAAGGCUGGCGGUGCGACGUUGCGUGUGCUGUUUGAGAUCCGCAGCGGACCCAUUCGGCGCAUCCUCAACCUGGAUAAGGUGCUGCAUGCGUGCGAGGAGGCGAACCGCAAAGGCUUCUCCGCGGGGCCCUUCACACGCAUCGCCUGUGCCGCCCACGACUUUGACCCCGCCGGCAACGGCACGCUUGUCAGCCCGGAGAGGCUGGCGGCAAACGUAGCAGCCGUACGCGCCGCGCACGUGCUAGUGGCGCCGUACGGCGAGGGGUCGGCGUACGGCAUGUUCAUGCACGGGUACCGUGCCGUACGCGUUGUUCCCGGCGCCAACGGCACGGCGGCAAACGGUGCGGCACCCCUGCUGCCGCCGCAGCAGCCGCUGGAGCAGCAGCAGGCAGACGGUGAGGAGGAGCUAUUGGAGCCGGGCGGUGGCGUAGGCAGGCGCGGCGUGGGCUCAGUUGUAUUGGAGCUGCGUGCGUGCGGGUUUGGCACCAACCACACCAAGCACGCGGACCGCUGGUCGCCGCUCAUGUACGAGCGCAGCGCGGCCGCUGGUGCGCCCGUGUUUGUGGCAUACAACAUCGAGGACCCGGCGCAGUGUGCGCCCAGCGACCUGCAGAGGGUAGCUGAGGCCCUGGUCGGAGCCAAGGCGGCGGCAGCGGCCCGGGAGGCGGCGGAGAAGGCUGCCAGUGCUUCUGAUGACGCAGGCGAAGGGACAGGGCAAGAGGCCCGGGAGGCGGCGGCUGCGACAGGGGAGCCCCAAAAGCAAGAUGGCGGCUGGUUCGGCUGGGGCCGCCGUCGGCGGCGCCUGCAGGACCAGGACGAAGAUGUUGGAGGCGCAGGAACAGCCACGUUUGAGACGGAGGCGGCAGUAGCGGCGGCGACGCGCCUGGCAGGACGGCCGGCUGUAGCAGCUUCCGGAGUGGUCGCACCGCCCCGACGGCGGCUUGGGACCAAGCCCAAGGGUGCGAAGGCGGGCCCGGAGCUGUAUGCUCGCAGCAGCCACUCGGCCCGGGACCAGCAUCUGCAGUUGGAUGUGGAUCAGCUGAUCGAGGUGCUGACCAAGGUGGGGAGCUGGGUGGCGGACCGGUCCCCCAGGGAUGCAGCGGCGGCGGAGGCGGCGGCAGCGGGUCAGGCGGGCCCCGGCCAGGGGGCAAAGGUGCAUGCAUAUGUGUUCCCGGAGGGCCGGACGGUGUGGGCGCCCCUGGGUGUGAAGAACGCCGCACAGGAGCUGCUGCGGUAGGGCGCUUGCAGGGCGCAGUUGACAUGCGCUGGCGCGCUUGGGGUGUGUCUACGGAUGCGUCGAUGCGCGUGUGUGGCUGCUGGCUGUGACGCGCGGCAUGCCUCCUUCCGUGAGCCUUUGAGGCCGCAGAGCAUGCAGAUGCAUGAAAGUGCU